CUUCCCACAUAUCAUCCCGAUCAGUCUCUGCAAAGCGAUUGCCGAAUGACAGUACGUUAAAUAGACCCGUGGUAAGACUGGUUAAGACUUUGGAAGACCUCGAAGACGCAAGACGCGAUGGAGACAUUAACAUAGAGGAAGGACCACUAGACAACGGCGUAGAUGGUGGUGUAGCAGACGGUGUAGCAGAUGGUGUAGUUGACGGUGUAUCAGACGCAAACGGAGUAGAUGGUGUAAUAGCAGAUGUCGGCGCCGACAGUGGAACAGACAGUGUUAUUGGCGACGGUGAAGAGAAAAUCAACGACAAAGACAAGGAUGACGAUGAUGUGCCCUUGCUGUAUACGUGUAAAGUUGUUGGGGAAUGCACGCCUUGCAAUAUAUUUGAGACUAAAACUCAAGAAUAUUGCAUAGAGUUUGGGAACAAGGAAAAAUUAGAAUGCAAGUAUAAUCGUCCAACAACAAACGAAACGGAUUUAUCGUUACUGCCGGAAUUCCGUCCUUGUCGGCGAGUGAAGCUAUUAGAGAACACACGAUUUCUCAAAUUCCAGCAUCAAUGGCAAUUGCGUGUGUUGUCUACAGACGGCGCAAAUUGGCGGCAGAAGGCUAUAGGAGACUUGCUCAAAGAAUAA